AUGUCAUCUCUACUUGGUAUUCCAGACGAAAAAGUCGCCGGUAGGACAACUGAUUUCACUACAAACAAAAUUGGAGGACUCCCAGAUUGGAUUAUUCCAGGAAGUCAAAUACCAACAUGUCGAAGCUGUAGUAGAGUUAUGUCCCUUGCUGCUCAGCUGUACUGUCCUUUAGAUUGCUCUCCAUACCAUAGAACACUUUAUCUCUUUUCCUGUCACAACAAUGUCUGUUGGGGAAAACAAGACAGUUGGACAGUUCUGAGAUCUCAGAAGUUGGAUGAUAGUUUUAUUACAAAGACUGAAAAGCCAGAGAAAGUAAAGCAGAGUGCUGCAUUUGAUGAUUGGGGCGUAGCUGCUGAUGACUGGGGGGAUGAUGCAGAAGACUUGGAAACUGGGAUGGAUGAUUCGUGGUCAGAGAAUGCUGACGUCAUGACAGGAAACACAUCCAAUGAGACUGAGGUCAGAGUUGAGAGGUCAGGUGCUGAUAAAGGUCAUGACCUUGGGACAAGUUUUAGAGAUGCUUUGGUAGGGCCUGGAGCAGGAGAUGAUGAAAAUUUAUCCAAAAUGUCAUGUCAUUCCAGUGAUAGUCAAGAUAAGACUGAGGUAUUACUGACAGAAGGAGGGAAUGAUCUCCUGGGAGAAAUGGCACAGCUUAAUGUUUGUGAUUUUGAUGAAAGCUGUUAUUCUGAAAAAACUGAUUCCAAUAUUAUCAUGGACACAGACAGCAUUGCUUUGAAAGUAACUGAACAAGGUGUGGAAGAAAUGAUGAACUUACUUGUGAGGAAAAGUGAAGGUCAAAACACCCAAGUUCAAGGUCAAAGCAACUCUGCGGAGUGUUUCCAUAGGAACGAAGGACUUGUUUUUGAAUCCUUUUACAUCAGUGUCUUUAAUGAACAUGAAACAGUGGAAGAGAACAACGGUCAUAUACAAGAACUACUCCGUAACUAUGAACAAAAUGAAGGUGGCAUCGUCGAACCUUUACCUGAAAGUAAGAAGGGGUUCAAAGGAGGUGCUGAAGCAUAUGAAGAGGAUCAAGUAGCCCACGGUGACAAAUAUUUUUACAAGUUUACCAAGAGAAUAGCAGUUUGUCCUCAGCUUUGUGUACGGUAUCAUUGGAAUGGAAAUCCAUGGUACAUUUCUCGGCCUGACCCCAAAAUGGCCAGAACGCUAGUGUGUGGUCAGUGUGGCAGUUUAGCUGUUUAUGAAUUACAACUACUUCCAGCAUUGAUCAAUUUUCUCCACGUCCACGACAAAUCAGAUCUGGUGAUUGAGUUUGGUACAGUAAUUGUGUACAGUUGUCAAGGUAGCUGUUGGAGGGACACUGAUGUCACCGUACAAGAGGUCACCUUUGUGCAGCCUGAUCCUGAUAGUAAACUUUUCAGGCAAUAAAGGCAGCACUAACAGAAUUCCUAAGUUACGAUGAGACAGCGGUUCCUAGCAGGUGUUUCCAUCUCUGAGCAACCCAACUACAGAGACAACAGGUGCUCUACAUGAGAGCUUCUGUCUGAGAGGAAUCAAGAGAGAGAGACAACAGGGACUCCAAACUGUAGUUUCAAUCUCAGAGCAACUUUGCAAAAGAGACCACAGGGGCUCUAAGUGGGAGUUUCUUUCUCGAGAAACCCUGAGAGAUACACAUCAGGGGCUCUCAAGAGAUGUUUCCGUCUUAGGGCAACCCAAAGACAACAGGAGAUUCUGUCUCAGAGAAACCAAAUGAGACAACAAGGGCUUCCAAUAGAAGUUUCAACCUCAAAGCAACCAAAUGACAUAACAGUGGCUUCCAACAUGAGUUCCUGUCUCAGAGAAACCCAUUGAGAAAGAGAUCAGGGGCUUUCAACAGGAGUUUCUUUCUCACCAAAACCUAGAGAGAGAGAGAGA